AUGCUGAAAGGCAUCACAUCGGGCAGUAUCCCAACACUAGGGUCCGUUAGCGUAACCCACAUGGGAUUCCCGAUAAAACUCCAUGUCGUGAGCGACGAUUUUCCAAUCCCACAGGAAGGCAUCCUAGGAACCGCCUUUCUAAGCGACGCUGGUUCAAUUGAUUUCAAAAGACAAGUCCUCAUCUGGCAAGGGAUACCGAUACCCCUACUUAACGAAACGACAGUCUCAAUCCCCGCAAGAACGCGCGGUAUCUUGCCAUUGAAAAUUCUAAAUUCGUAUAUUAAAGAAGGCUACGUACCUCGCCUACCGCUCCGAGGAGACGUUUUUGCAGGAGACGCCGUCGUCUCAAACUGCAACGGGGUAGCAUACAUGCGAAUCGUCAAUACGGGUGAAACUGACCUCAAAAUUCCAAUUCCAACGAUAGAAUUAGAAGAAUUCGACAUCGUUUCAAAGAGACCUCGCGCUUCGCUUACGCCGAAACCUAAGGGCAUACCGGCCGCCGGCGAAAAGACCGCCUGUAUAAACAAACCCACCCUAGGGACGGGUAAAGCUACACGGGCGAUCGAAACAAAGGACACUUUUGACCUGCAAACACCCGCACGCCUAGGCGAAAAGGGCGAUAACAGACAAAUGUGUUUCCACGUGUCCCAUUCCUCGGGCAACGAAGAGGCCCAUUUCUUAGCGCAGAAACGUCAAAAGUACGAAGAGUUAAAAACCUUCCUGCGCCUCGAGCAUCUGAAUAACUUGGAAGCUGACCACGUAGGGAAAAUCCUUAGAAAUCAUAGCGACAUUUUCCGUUUACCAAACGAAAGGUUAGGAUUUACGAACGCGACCCGACACAAAAUAACCACAACUAACGAAAUACCCAUAAACACAAAGCAAUACCGAUUCCCGCCGAUUCACAAGGAAGAAAUCAAUAAACAAGUACAAGACCUCCUAGACAACGGAGUAAUAGAACCUUCUAAUUCACCUUAUAAUUCUCCCUUGUGGAUUGUGCCCAAAAAACCGGACUCCAAAGGAAACAAAAGGUGGCGGAUGGUAAUCGACUACCGCGCACUAAACGAGAAGACAAUAGGCGAGGCUUAUCCGCUCCCUAACAUAACGGAGAUCUCAGACCAGCUUGGCAGCGCUAAAUAUUUCAGCGUAUUCGACUUGACAUCUGGCUUCCACCAGAUCGAAAUGGACAAAUUGGAUGCACACAAAACCGCUUUUUCGACUCCGCAUGGUCACUAUCAAUUCAGUAGGAUGCCUUUCGGUCUAAAAAACGCGCCAGCCACGUUCCAGCGAUUGAUGGACCAAAUCCUCACAGGGCUGCAGGGCACCGAAUUGUUUGUUUAUCUCGACGAUAUAGUCUUAUACGCUAGUUCACUCGAGGAGCACUCCGCUAAAUUUACAAAAUUAGCCGAAAAAUUACGCGCCGCCAAUCUCAAACUCCAACCCGACAAGUGCGAGUUCUUACGCAAAGAAGUCUCGUAUCUCGGUCAUAUAAUAGGAAAAACGGGAGUAAAACCGGACCCAAAGAAAAUCGAAGCAGUGAAAAACUUCCCUCGACCGGCAAACUCGAAGAACGUGAAACAGUUCCUAGGCCUAUCGGGAUACUACAGGCGUUUUAUACCAAACUUCUCGAAAAUCGCGAAGCCUCUGACGAACUUGCUAAAAAAGGACGCCACGUUCGAGUGGAAACAUGCCCAGGAACAAUCUUUCGCUUCCUUGCGAUACGCCCUAUGUACAGAUCCAAUCCUACAGUACCCCGACUUUACUAGACCCUUCGUAAUCACAACAGAUGCGUCGGGUUACGCAAUAGGAGGAAUCUUAAGCCAAGGGGAGAUAGGCAAAGAUCUCCCGAUAGCAUACGCGUCACGUUUACUAAAUUCAGCCGAACAAAAUUACUCAACAAUAGAGAAAGAACUCCUAGCAAUCGUUUAUAGCGUCCAGCAUUUCCGUCCAUACCUAUACGGCCGACAGUUCAAACUCGUCACGGACCACAGACCGUUAGUAUGGCUGCAUUCCGUAAAAGAUCCGAGCUCGCGAUUAUUUAGAUGGAGGCUCAAAUUGCUAGAGUACGAGUAUGAAGUGGUGUACAAAGGCGGCAAAAUCAACGGAAACGCCGAUGCACUAUCCCGAAACCCCCCACGCGCCAACCUAUUCCCCCUUACAGCAAAUACCGAAUCCUCGGACUCCGACGAAUCCUUAUUCUCGACACGCGUCCGCAGCACAAACCUACCUAACCCAGAGAUUACCGACAUAAGCAACGGUGACCCAGACCAUGAGAGCACGAACCCAAACAUUCCGAACGACGAGGAAACGGACCAAAGCGAUGUGACCAGCACGACAGACAGCACAGACAGCUCCGACUCUACCAUUUUCGAACGAAUCAACGAACCCUACCAGUUCGGAAUCGGCAACAUACACGAAAUCAAGGAUAACUUCCUGACAAGGAAGGACCAUAGAGCCAUCUUUGUCACCCAAAAGGGCGACCCCUGCGACCAAGGGGCUAAGAUGUUGAGGGAUAAUAACUUGCUGCCGCCAUUACCACCCGACACUAUGUUGGGCAGGGCACGUGUCAUCCCCGGAAGAGGCUCACCUACGAUCCUUCUGGUGAUCAAGGAGCGAACAACCACCCAAAUCGACAUCGAGAUUCUGCAGAAGGCCAUACAAUGCCUGAAGAACGUAUGCAUGGAACUUAACCUAGCGUCAAUAUCCAUGUGCAAAGGCAAUAUAGAAGACAUCCCUUCCCCUAUGGUAGAGAACCUGAUUAAAUCCAACUUCGAAGGUAUCACGACAAAGAUCCUUCUCUGUACCAAUAAGGUCCAAAUUCCUCCACUCCCCGACAGACGGAGGAUCAUCGAGGAAAACCACGCCAGCACAAUAGGCGGUCACAAAGGAAUCACCAAAACAUACCUCAGGAUAAAAGGAAAGUACCAAUGGCCAAACCUAAAAACAGACGUGCAAACCUACAUAAGGAAUUGCCGUAACUGUCAGCUAAAGAACUUGGUCAGGGUAAAAACAAGACAACCGAUGGUAUUAACAGACACCCCCAAGGAGGCAUUCGAGAAAAUUUCAAUGGACAUCAUGGGUCCCUUACCUACCACCUCCUCCGGAAAUUCAUAUAUUCUAACCAUCCAGGACCUCCUAACGAAGUAUUCCUUGGCAAUCCCACUAAAACAGGCAACUGCCAUCGAUAUCGCCGAAGCUUUUGUAAACAAUUUCAUAUGUACGUACGGAACCCCCCGAAUCAUCCUAACAGACCAGGGUUCCCACUUUAUUAACAGCUUAAUGAAGGCCAUUUCAAAGAAAUUUAAAAUCAAGCAAUGUAGGACGACCGCGUACUACCCGCAAUCAAACGGAUCGGUGGAACGCAGCCAUCACGUUCUGUGGGAAUACCUAAAACAGUACACUAACCAAAAGGAAGAAUGGGACGAGUUUAUAACACUUGCGAUGUUCUCCUACAACACUAGCGUGCACGAAAGCACUAACUACACACCACACGAGUUAGUCUUCGGGAAAAUCGCUAGGACCCCCUCGGAUAACCCCCCUUUGGAAAACAAUAUUAACGACACCUAUAACGAAUAUCUAAUCAACCUAUUUAAUCGUAUCCGAACCACGCAGGAAAUAGCGAGAAAUAACCUGAAAAUUUCUAAGGUUAGAAGCAAACUCUACUACGAUCAACGCGCUAACCCCCAAAUCUUUCAAGUAAACGAUAGGGUAUACCUGCUUAAGGAACCUAGUAAGGGUAAACUGGGAGACCAAUACACAGGCCCUUAUGAAAUAAUUAAGGUACUAGAUAAUAAUAAUGUAAAAAUUAAGUUAAGCGAUACACGAAAUAGGAUAGUCCAUAGCAAUAAGCUGCGUAUAGAUAAGGCCCAGCACCCCUCCAGACGGAAUACCCCCACCACAAUACCAGGCCCCUCCACCAGCAUCGGAAACGCACGGCUGGAAAACACCAGGGAUCACUGUACAGAAUAA